AUGAUUAUUGUUCCGACAGACUAUGAAGGUUGGAUAGGAACGCGACGAAAAAAUAAAGAUGGAAGAAAUAAUAAAUUUAAAGAAAUGAUGUAUGAUAAAUAUGAUAUAAAAGGCAACGCGAUAAAGAAAUUAAGUCUUUAUUUUUAA